AUGGAUCAUACCGAUACCGCCAGCGAUGCCCCGCCGGCAACUGCUACAGAGGCCGUCCUGGUUGUGUCGGAAGAGAUGCCCGAAGGAGCUCAAAAAGUCGAAGAGUUGGAUUUCGACGAAAUUAAAGGUGAUAUUACAGCCGAUGACUUGUUCCGUGGUAUGAGGCACAUGGGGUUUCAGGCGUCAUCUCUCUCAGAAGCCAUAAGAAUCAUCAAUGACAUGAGGACAUGGAGAGACCCGGAGACAGGGGAUAAGACAACCAUCUUCCUCGGCUAUACCUCCAACCUGAUAUCCUCGGGCAUGAGAGGCGUCUUCCGCUGGCUCGUCAAGCACAAGCACAUCUCGUGCAUCGUCACCACAGCAGGCGGCGUCGAGGAAGAUUUCAUCAAGUGCCUCGGUGACACCUACAUGUCUUCUUUCGCGACCCCGGGCGCGGACCUCCGCAAGAAAGGUCUGAACCGGAUCGGCAACCUCGUCGUUCCCAACUCCAACUACCGCGCCUUCGAGGACUGGGUCGUCCCCAUCCUCGACAAGAUGCUGGACGAGCAAGAGGCCAGCAAAGGCACCGACGCGGAAAUCAAUUGGACCCCUUCCAAGAUGAUCCAUCGCCUGGGCAAGGAGAUUGACGACGAACGAUCCGUCUACUACUGGGCCUGGAAGAACGACAUUCCCGUCUUUUGCCCCGCGUUGACCGACGGCAGCUUGGGAGACAUGCUGUACUUCCACACCUUCAAGGCGUCGCCCAGACAGCUGAAAUGCGACAUCGUCGAGGAUAUCCGCCGCAUCAACACCAUCUCCGUGAGGGCCAAGCGCGCCGGCAUGAUCGUCCUCGGCGGCGGCGUCGUGAAACAUCACAUCGCCAACGCGUGCCUGAUGCGCAACGGCGCCGAGUCUGCCGUAUACAUAAAUACGGGCCAGGAAUUCGACGGUAGUGAUGCCGGCGCCCGCCCGGACGAAGCCGUUUCAUGGGGGAAGAUCAAAAUUGGUGCCGAUUCCGUCAAGGUGUAUGCGGAUGCCACACUAGUCUUCCCUUUCGUCGUGGCCAACACAUUUGCCCGGGAUCGGUCAGCGGCAAGUCAAGCUACUUAG